CUCAUUUACAACCUACCACAGCUUCGCUCUUUGCAUACCUUCUUGGAUAACGAAUAAUGUCUUCAGUGGCGCGCCGCGGUAGACCGAAGAUUCAUGGUCCUGAUGUUUCCAUCGACAAAACGUGGUCGGAUCUAGCGAACAACAUCCGCGAGAUACAGAACCACAAUGCACAGAACCUUUCAUUUGAGGAGAAUCACCGAUUUGCAUACAACAUGGUGCUUCACAAAAACGGUGCCAUGCUGUACAACGGUGUGAAAGAGCUGAUCACGGAGAAUCUGGAUCACCUUGCGAAUACCCAAGUCAUUCCCGUGUUCCCUUCGGGCGCUGGUGACGGGACGGUGCAGAGUCAGGAUGCCGAAGUACUACUGAAGGCACUGAGAAAUAUUUGGGAUGAUCACACGAGCAAUAUGGUCAGGCUUGGACAGAUUCUCAAGUACAUGGAUCGGGUUUAUACUAAGACCGCGCAAGUUCCAGAGAUAUGGGAUGCAGGGCUUGCGCUGUUUCUCGAACGCAUAUUCCGGCCGUUGAUCAAGGACCACCUUAUUACUGCCAUCUUGAACCAGGUCCGAUACGAGCGACAUGGACACACAGUCAACCGUUCUGCCAUCAAGGGAUGCGUUGAUGUCUUUGUCGCGCUCCAGGACUCCAGCAGCGGCAGCAUCUACAAGCGUGAUCUUGAGCCCGUUUUGUUGCGUGAGAGCCAACAGUUCUAUGAAGCCGAGGGUCACACCCUCACUCAAACUUGCGAUGCCUCGGAAUUUCUACUGCGUGUCGAAGCACGAUUUGAAUCCGAAGAUUCUCGGACACACCAUUAUCUUUCCCGGACGACCGCACCGGCACUACGCCAAAUCCUUCAAGACCAUCUAUUGACUGCACAUCUAGCCACCAUCAUUUCUAUGGAAUCAUCCGGGCUGGAUGCCAUGAUCGACUUGAACAAGAUCUCUGACAUAGCUCGUUUACACCGACUAUUUAUUACAGUCCCGGCCGGUAUGCCCUGUCUGAAGCGGGCCUUCAGACAGGGCAUUCGAAAAAGAGGAGAUGGGAUCAACCAGACGUCACUAGGUGAAGGGGAUGGUGGAGGAUCGAAACGUGUGACGUCUGGCGCCCAGACGCUACUACUCGCUCUCAAUUGGGUGCAAGAGGUGCUCAACUUGAAGGAUCUCUUUGACGUCAUCUGGAGAGAUGCAUUUGCAGCUGACAGAGAACUGGAAGCUACACUGAACGAGGCUUUUGAGUCAUUCAUCAACGCCAAUGAGCGCUCCUCGGAAUUCAUCUCGCUGUUCAUCGACGACAACCUACGUCGUGGACUGAAGGGGAAAACCGAUACCGAAGUGGACGCGGUACUUGAGAAGACGAUCACAGUGUUCCGGUACAUCACAGAGAAAGAUGUGUUUGAGCGAUACUAUAAAGGGCAUCUCGCCAAGCGGCUGCUCCAAGGUCGAUCUGUUUCGGACGAUGCGGAGAGGGGGAUGCUGGCGAAACUCAAGGUGGAAUGUGGCUACCAGUUCACCCAGAAGCUGGAGGGAAUGUUCAAUGACAUGCGGCUUUCUGAAGACACCAUGCGAUCGUACAAGAGCACUAGCUUGUAUUUGGACCACCCACCCAAGAUCGAAUUAUCGGCCAUCGUGAUGACCUCUACGUUCUGGCCGAUGACGCAAUCAACGACACCAUGCCAGCUUCCUUUGGAGCUGAUCGAGACUCUGCAGUCUUUCGAGAAAUUCUACCUCGCUCAGCACACUGGUCGUCGGCUUACGUGGCAGCCGACACUGGGCAGCGCUGACGUUCGCGUAACCUUCAAGGCGAGAAAGCACGACCUCAACCUUUCCACCAUUGCAAUGGUUAUUCUUCUCCUCUUUGAAGACCAGGGUCCGGAUGAUUUUCUCACAUACGAGGAAAUCAAACAGGCAACAGGCAUUGAGGACGAGGAAAUAUUGCAAAGGCAUCUGCAAUCACUGGCAUGUGCCAAGUUCAAGAUUCUCAAGAAACACCCCGCCAGCCGAGAGGUGAUCCCGUCGGACUCCUUCUCGUUCAAUGCAGACUUCACUUCGAACUUGCAAAAGAUCAAGAUCAGCACUAUCUCGUCCAAGGUGGAGAACACGGACGAGCAGAAGGAGACGAGGGAUCGGAUUGAGGAAGAGCGAAAGCAUCAGACCGAGGCCUGCAUAGUGCGGAUCAUGAAGGACAGGAAACACAUGACACACAACGAUCUUGUCAACGAAGUCACUCGUCAGCUGGCGACUCGGUUCAAUCCCAACCCGCUGAAUAUCAAGAAACGGAUCGAGAACCUGAUCGAUCGGGAGUACCUUGAACGAUGCGACGAUCGCAAGUCCUACAACUACCUAGCAUAAGUGGCCAUGACAAGACGUGUAUUAACAUCCUGCAAUGUAUCAUACUGGCAUGAGGCGAGCGACCUGGGUUACUUGAUUUUUGGGGCAAAAGCUUGUCAACUCUGGCACUAAUCACGGCACCGACGGCGUUUGUUGCGUCGAUUGUCUUCGGAAUCACCCAGGCGCCUCUUCCCGGGAUGAUUCCUGUGUGUCCAGACACUCUGCAUCAUCACUGCAAGACCGGCAUGAGAGAGAAGAGUGCCCACUCAGCGUCUGGGACACGGCGCGAUUGCUGUCCCUGGAAUGAGCGGCAACGAAACCGGAGGGUGACACGAAUGCGCUCACCAAAAGAGCCUGGCAAGGCAGUGGCCGGAGGACGUCACGGAUGUGGGCGUCAAGUGCGGGAACCCCCUUUCAAACUCAAGAUUUUGUCACCAAUGACAUCGCCCAAGAUCUCGCUCAUACGUAGGGCCAGAACCCCGCCGUUCCUCGGUGGAAAAUAUUCCGGCGACUCAUCCGGCCAGAAGCAUACUACAAAAAAAGUCCAAUCUCAGCAAUAUUGUCAUCAAUCAAUGCGUUCCCGUCGUGUUAGUCGCAGCAGCCGUCCCAUUGGACUUGGUCGCGGCAAUGGCUGCCUGGAGCGCGGCCUUCACGAGCGCCGGGGACGUGGCAUCAUUCCAGUUAUUGCCCGCGGGAACAACCGUAUUCUUCCCGACGUCCGUGCCGUUGAAGCCGAG